CAGCUCUGCAAAGUUGAGACGGCCCGAGUCGAAUCGCCGGAUGAACUUGUUUGGGUUUAGUUUUUAGAGGUUAUUAGAAAAAAGCAGCAUUAAUGGGGCUUUUAAACCGGAUAGGCUGUUAAACAAGAACCCAAACACAUGAACCUGAGCCGAAACAGCGUUUAAUUCGGUUUAGUUUCGCGUCAAACUGGAUACAUAGCUAGCGUUAAGACCUUAACUUCAGCUUCAGCUACAGCUACAGCUAGCCUAGCCGAUAAACCUUUCAUUUAAAGCCAUAAAACAUGGAAGCAGGUCUGGUGUGAAGCUUCUCCAGGGGCUGAUGGGGGAUGCAGAAAUGGCAGAACUGCGAUCCAGAAAAAGAGAAGGAGAGAAGAAGAAAGAAGAUGCUGCAUCUGAAGUAGACCAACAAAACCACAAUGGUGUAGCUGAUGAUUUCUCAAGAGAUGAGGACCAUCCCAAUGGAGUUGAAGAUGCCGAGCCCAUUAAUACAAUGGAGAAGACACACACAGACAGUGGUAGCACUAUAACUGAGGAGUCCGGAUCAGGUGCUGGAAAUGUGGGCGGUGCCUCACCCACAGGGACAGAGGAGGAAAAAGUGCAGACCACAGGCUCAGCCAAGAGCGCAAUGAAAAACAGCAAAACUGUACUUCUUCAGCGGAUAGUGAAGGUGUUCAUCGGUUGCCUCGCUGCAGUCACCUGUGGGAUGAUGUAUGCAGUUUAUCUGUCUACAUACCACGAGAGAAAGUUCUGGUUCUCCAGCAGACAGGAGAUGGAGAGGGAGAUUACCUUCCAGGGCGGCAGCGGGCUUUAUUAUUACUACUAUAAACACAUGCUCUUCGCUUCAUCAUUUGAGAGGGGUGUAUAUGAGCUUACACGGGAUAACAGGACGGUUUCUGGUCAGACCAUAAAUGCAGUUGAGCAGCUUUCACUCUACCCAGAACUCCUAAGCAGCCUGCUCUACAGACUCAUUGGCAGCCAGAAUGCCAUCGAGCCAGUGUAUUUCUACAUAGGGGUGGUGUUUGGCCUGCAGGCAGUGUAUGUGACUGCUCUGUUCAUCUGCAGCUGGGUGAUGAGUGGCACCUGGGUGGCGGGUAUGCUCACAGUAGCCUGGUACAUCAUCAACAGGCCGGACACGACUAAAGUGGAUUAUGCAAUCCCUCUGCGGGACAACUGGGCCCUCCCUUACUUCUCCUGCCAAGUGGCCGCUCUGACCGGCUUUCUGAGCAACAGCAUCAGCUCUGCUACAGAGAUGUUCUGUUACCUGCUGAUGAGUGUGACCACGUUCAGCUUCAUCGUGAUGUGGGAGCACAGCCACUAUGUGCUGUUUGUACAGGGAGUCGCACUGUUACUGCUGGACUGCUUCGACCUUGUUCCACCUCGCAAGACAGCAGACAUUCAUAAGGUGUACCUGAGCUCCUUGUUACUGGCCUAUGUUCUGCAAUAUCAGAGGCCCAGUCUGCUCUCCUGCCCUCUGCUCAGCCUGCUUAUAGCCAGCCUGCUGGCCAGGUACCUGCAGCAAAACAUGAAAAUGGGCCCCCUGGUGGCGAGACUAAUGAAGAUUGUGCUGCAUCUAUACCUGGUCUUCACCACAGGCAUCACUUUUAACUACCUAGUUAAGAAAAUUCUUCCAACAAAUCAGAAUGACUUCAUACUGAAGUUUCUGGAGGUCAAGUUUGGACUGAAUACAACAACGGAGUUCAUCCCGAACCUGCUGUUGUGUGAGGAGGGUUUUCAGUCCCCAGGACAGGAUUUCUUCCUGCGCCUCACCCAGGCCUCCGUCCUGCCUUUCUAUGUCCUGGUGCUUUUAGUGUGCCUCAUCUCAACCAUGCAGACCAUCUACAGGAGACUCAGUGGUGAGCGGUUAAAGGGCAGCGUGCGGAUGGAGGACGGGCGAAUAGGAGAACGCCCAGAUGUGAUCUACCAUGUUCUCCACACGCUGCUGUUCGGAGCUCUCGCCAUGAUGUUCCAGGGGACGAAGUACCUUUGGACGCCGUACGUGUGUGCCUUCACUGCAUUUGGUGUGUGUUCUCCAGAGCUCUGGAUGACUGUGUUCAGAUGGAUCAGGCUGAGGUCUGUUCAUCCUGUAGUGCUGGCACUAAUACUGAGCACAGCUGUACCGACUAUCAUUGGCUUCAGCCUGUGGAGAGAGUAUUUCCCGCGUGUGCUGUCUGAGCUGACGGAGGUGCAGGAGUUUUAUGAUCCAGACACUGUGGAGCUGAUGAACUGGAUUAAAAGUCAGGCUCCUCUGGCAGCAGUGUUUGCUGGUAGUCCUGCACUGCUGGGCACAGUCAAACUCUGCACAGGGUGGCCAGUCACCAGCCUGCCUCUAUAUACAGACCUCAACCUGCUGCAGAGGAGUGAGAGUACGUAUCAGGUGUAUGCUAUGCGCUCUGCUGAGGAAGUGUACAAGCUGUUGACUGCUCAGAAGAGCAGCUACAUUAUUAUAGAAGAGGAGCUGUGUAAUGAGAUGAGUCCCGUUAGAGGCUGCAGGAUCAAAGACCUGCUUGACUACGCCAAUGGCCAUAUGGUGUAUGAUCAAGGUGAAAUGUACACUUUUUCCAAGCAUGGCCGAUUCUGUCACGAGAUCAAAAUGAACUACUCCCCGUACACCAACUACUUCACUCGAGUGUUCUGGAACCGCUCGUACCAUGUCUACCGAGUCAACUCUGUCAUUUCCUUCCAGUACUGAGGACUGCUGCUUCCCCAUUGCUCCUCUUCUUUCUCCCUGUUUUACUUUCACUCCAUGAUGAGCUCUGAGUUACUGGAACUCCAGAUUCCUGGAGUCUGGGAUGAGAAAUCCCACACAAGACUUUUUAAAUGGAUUGUAAGGUUGCCUCAGAUUUCAGUUCUGCACAAUGACUUUUGGUGCUGUGAUGUGUGAAUGUGAAGGAGUGUGUUGAAGGAUGGUUCUGUGUGUGUGCGUGUGUGUGUGCGUGCGUUUGUGCGUGCGUGCGUGUGUGCUCACUUUCGGUCUGUAGUCCUUUUGAACCGUUUCAUGGCCUGGGUCCAGAUUCACAAAGUAAAAGCUGAUAAUGGCCCUCUUUCCCAAUAGAAGCUCAUUCCUGCUACCUAACAAAAUAAUAAUCAUCCAGCGCAUUGUGUUUAUUAUUAUUAAGUAAACUGCUAUCUCAAUAUUUUGACACACUAAGUCAUUAUUUUGAGAUAGCAAGUCAUUAUUUUGAGGUACUAUCUCAAUAUUUUGAGAUACUAAGUCAUUAUUUUGAGAUACUAUCUCAAUAUUUUAAGAUACUAUCUCAAUAUUUUGAGAUACUAAGUCAUUAUUUUGAGAUAAGUGUGUUUACUUUUGGGGGAAAAUUAGUUUUUUUAUUUUAUUUAUUAAUAUUAAGUAAACUGCUGUCUCAUUAUUUUGAGAUACGAUUCCAUUAUUUUGAGAUACUAAGUCAUUAUUUUGAGAUACUAUCUUAACAUGUUGAGAUACUAUCUCAAUAUUUUGAGAUAGUAUGUCAAAAUAAUGACUUACUAUCUCAAUAUUUUGAGAUACUAAGUGUGUUUGCUUUUGGGAGAAAAGUUUAUUUUAUUUAUUAUUAUUAAGUUAACUGCUAUAUCAAUAUUUUGACAUACUAAGUCAUUAUUUUAAGAUUCGAUUUCAUUAUUUGAGAUACUAUCCAAAUAUUUUAAGAUAGUCAUUAUAAAUAAAUAAAUAGGGCGCCGAGUGGUCCAACAGUCUAAAGCGCUGCCACUAUGAGCAGGAGGUCGCAGGUUCGAACCCCAGCUCAUGCAGCUUUGCCACCAAGCUGCCGGCGCUCAGAGGGAGCAACAAUUGGCCCUGCUGGGUAGAUGGUGCUCUCUCCCCACAUCACUCCUAUGGUGAUAUCUGCAGCACAGGGCGUCUGUGAGCUGAUGUAUCAGAACCGAGUCGCUGCGCUUUCCUCCGAGCAUGCUGUGAUGCUGCUCGGCAAUGCUGCAUCAGCAGCAGCUCGAAAAGAAGUGGUGGCUGACUUCACAUGUAUCUGAGGAAGCAUGUGUUAGUCUUCACCCUCCUGGUGUGUUGGGGCUUUACUAGUGAUAGGGGGAGUCCUAAUGGGUGGGUUGGGUAAUUGGCCGUGUAAAUUGGGGAGAAAAUGGGAAAAAUCUGAAAUAAAAUUGUUAUUAUAAAUAAAGAAAUAAAUAAAUAGUCAUUAUAAAUAGAAGCGUGUUAUUAAAUCAAUCCCUGCUCUGCAAGAUCCAGAGGCUUAUUUUGAUAUUGUGUGAUUCCUCUAAAAGCACCAAUAUUUUAUGAUUUGUGAAUCCACGUCUGAAGUAGUCCUCAAUAAUAGUAUCCAUUUUGCAUCUUUGUCCUACCUGCUUCUGUCUCUGUACAGUCUACUAGUAUCUCAAAAUAAUGACUUACUAUCUUAAAAUAAUGAGAGACUAGUUUACUUAAUUAUAAUAAAAAACGUGCUGGAUUAAUUUUUUUUUUAGGUGGUGGAAAUAGGCUUACAUAUCUUUCACCUUCUUAAUACUUUCUUAGGGCUUUUCUAUAGAACUAAUUUAAGAUAAUCUUUAACAUUUAAAACUGUGUUAGAACAUUCAGAGUGCUGCUUUUAUUAUAAAUCCCAUUGUAAUCAUAAACUGAUCAAAUCUCAAAUAAAAAACACUGGAGAAUAUCAGAAUUGAUCAGUAAUAACUGUAUAAGCGUAUUAAAAAAAAAAAGGGUUAUUCUUAAAAAAACGUUAGCAAAUAUGACAAUAUAUUCUUGAGGGACUGUUAGUGCCUGGAAAAUAAAAGUGGUUUGCUCGUGUGACGAGCAACGCUUGGGAACGCUUAGUUUUAUCCUCUCUUUCCUAUAUUUGCUAUCCACUUCACAUAUUUAUCUGAAAAGUGGAUAAAUAGUAAUAAUAACAGUUACACUUUUAUUUUAAUCUGUAAAAUGCAGCAUAAACAAAAACAAGUUACAAAUUGCUACAUAAAAAAACACAACUACACAGAGUAUCUCAAAAAAUACAUUUUGAGAAGCCACCAAAACUGAGCAAAUGACAUUCCCUGGUCUGCCCUAUU